GGGUGGGUAAUACAGGAGAACACUCACUACUCACUGCUCUCUCUAGCUCUAUCUCUCUCUCUCUCUCUCUCUCACUCUCACUCUCUCUCUCCCUCUCGCUCUCUGUCAGGUCUUCACAAACACAGAAGUUCAGACAAGAGGCAGCUCCUGAGCCAGAGAGACGGAAUUAAAAAAAAAAAAAAAAAAAAAAGGGAAUCAUCUCGGAGGAGCAAGUUUGCGAAAGAGAAAAGAGCAGACAGACAAAGGGGAGAGGGGUGGGUGGGGGGUAUAUUUGGGUCGCUCUCUUUCCUCCUGGAUCUGUUUUUCCCACCUCCGUCCUCCGCCUGCGACUCCGCCGCUUCGCUGCCCUUUCCUUCGGCGCCGUUGCUGGGGAGGAUUCGCCGCGGGAGCGCUGGAUGGAGGAGAAGGAGCAGGGAGAGAGGGAGAUGGAGCCCCGGGAACGCGCCGAGCCGCUCUCUGAGGCCGAGCGGGGCAUGAUCCUGGACACCUGGGCGCGCGUCUACGAGAACUGCGAGGACGUGGGGGUGUCCAUCCUCAUCAGGUUCUUCGUGAACUUCCCGUCGGCCAAGCAGUACUUCAGCCAGUUCCGCGACAUGGACGACCCGGAGGAGAUGGAGCGGAGCACGCAGCUGCGCAAGCACGCCGGCCGCGUGAUGAACGCCAUCAACACCGUGCUGGAGAACCUGCACGACCCGGACAAGGUGUCCUCCGUCCUGGGGCUGGUGGGCAAGGCGCACGCCCUCAAGCACAAGGUGGAGCCCAUGUACUUCAAGAUCCUCAGCGGGGUGAUCCUGGAGGUGCUGAGCGAAGACUACCCAGACUGCUUCACCGCGGAGGUGCAGAGGGCCUGGACCAAGCUGAUGGGCCUGCUGUACUGGCACGUCACUGGGGCCUACGCGGAAGUGGGCUGGGUGCAGCUGUCCAGCUCCGCGGUGUGAGCAGGACGAAUUUUAACAGGAGGGAAAUUUUGGCAUCUCGCAGCGACCCCCGUGUUACAGGUGUGACCUAGGGGGCGGGGGGGGGGGGGGGGGGAGCAGGAGGGAGGAGAGAGUGGUUAGGAAUCAGGGAGAGCAGCUGCUUUUUUUUCGGGAAUUGUUUUUUUUUUAGAAUCUCUACCGUGUUCUGUCCCUCCUUCCCUACUGUCCAGGGGGCCAUUUCCUUGUACUCACCGAAACAUCGUGCGUAAAA